AUGUAUGGCACUUUGUUUCUGCAUAUCUAAUUAAUAUAUUUAGAGGGUACAGCUUACACCAUAGAAGAUGAGAUCAUCACCACCUAGCUGGUCCAACAAAUAAACAGGGACUUAAAGGAAAGACCAGAUUUGAUGUAGCUGACAUUUGAAAAUAACAACAUUGUUGAUGUUGAUGGCAUAUGCCAAGUCUUCUCUUCUCUUAGAAACUAUGAAAAGCUAGAGGGUAUUAACUUUAGAUGUAAUAACUUCACUGACAGAGUUAUUGAGGCUCUAUGUUAGGGUAUUAAGAUGAAGAAAGAAUUAAGAACAGUAGACUUGGGGGAAAAUAGAAUAACAGACCAGAGUAUUUCGAUGAUAGGAGAAGCAUUAAGAACUCACGUAAGACUUCAUAUGUUGUUUUUAGAUAACAACAAAAUAACUGAUGCAGGGGCUGAAGGCCUUGCUGAAUGCUUAAAAAAUAAAUAAGAUCUAAGAAUAUUGAAUAUCGAUAAUAAUCAGAUAGGCCCAGAUGGUGCUAGAAAACUAGCUGUUUAAUUAAAAAGUAACUAUGGGUUAAGCAAAUUGUAUUGCGAUCAAAAUAAAAUGGGAGAAGAUGGCGCUGCAGCUAUUGCUGAAUCUAUGGCUAUGAUGGAUUCACUUAAAAAGAUCUGUAUGGAGAACAACAAUAUCAAAGAUAAGGGGGCAUUGGCAUUGAGCAGAGUGUUGGAUGAAAAUGACACUCUUCUUUCAUUAUAUAUUGAGAACAAUCAAAUAACAUCUGUAGGUGCCCAGGCUUUAGCCAAGAUGUUGAAAAAUAAAAUGAAGCUUUCAAAAAUCAACUUGAAUCAUAACCCUAUAGGUGAUGAAGGACUUUCAUACAUCAGUGAAGGAAUAGCAAAUAAUGAGACAUUAAGAGUCAUUACAAUCGCCGAUGCUGGCAUAACAAAGGAAAGUGUCCCUAUUUUCGCAAGAUCAUUACAAAACAAAAGAUUUUUGACUAAGAUAUUGUUGGACUAAAAUAAGAUUGGAGUCGAUGGUGCUAAGAUACUAGCUUCAGGUAUAAAAGAAAAUGAGACUCUCACUAAUCUACAUUUAUCACAUUGCUUAAUUUUAGAAGAAGGAGCUAUUGCUCUAGCUUCAUCACUACAAAAUAAGAGAAACUUACUAGUUCUAGAUUUGAAUAAUAAUAAGAUACUGGCUGGAGGUUGUAUAGCCAUUUGCAAGAAUAUUCAACAUCAUACAACUUUGAGAGAACUUUAUAUGUCUAAUAAUUAUAUUGGGCCUGAUGGUGCUAAAUAACUAGCAAAGGUUUUGCUUAACAAAAAAUAUAUAACUGAGAUUUGGUUAUCUAUGAAUGGAAUAUUUGCUGAAGGGGCUGUAGCUCUUGGUGAGGCUUUGAAAGACAAAAAAUAUCUCGAAGUUUUGGUAUUAAAAAAGAAUGACAUAAAUAUUCAAGGUAUUAGAGCAUUAAAAGAAGUCUUAAACUUAUCAAAGACAAUUAAAGAACUCAAUUUAGCGAGUAAUGGAAUUGGGGAUGAAGGAGCUGCCAUUGUUUGUGACGCUUUAAUUAAUAAACAAAACCAACAACUUAGCUAUUUGGGAUUAUCUGAUAAUAAGAUAACUACCUAAGGAGCUAUAAAAGUAGCUUAACUGAUCACUAAAUGUGAUACUUUAACAGAGUUAUUCUUAGCUAACAAUAAUAUAGAUAAUGAGGGAGCUAAAGCUCUUGUUAAAGCUAUUAAAGGUCGACAAGACUUUAAAAACAUUGAUCUUGAUAACAACUAAUUUAGUGGGGAGGCAAUUACAGAGCUUUUUACUAUUUUGCCUCUAAAUAAAUUGAAUCUCAUUAAAUCAAAUUUAACUGAGGCUUAAGUGACUCCAAUAGCGAAAUAAAUAAAGCAUAAUAAAAGCUUGAGUUAAAUUUACAUGUCGCAUAAUAACUUGACUGAUCAUUCAAUUGGAUUACUUGCUGAAGCAAUCAAAGAAAAUUCUUCAUUGACUGAGCUAUUCAUUACUCAUAAUGAUUUGAGCUUGCCAAAUGGAAUAAACUUUAUUUAAGGGCUUCAGAAUAAACCUAAUCUUAAAAGUCUAGCAUUAAACUCUUGUAAACUAAAUCAAAGCUUGUUGAGAGAAUUAGCUGAGUCUUUAAAAGAUAAUGAAAAUCUGAGAGAACUUUAUCUAUACAGUAAUUAGAUCGGUCCAACCUAAGCUGUAUAUGUAAGUCAAAUAAUUGCCAAUAAAAGAAAAUUGGCCUCCUUAGGAUUAUCAAACAAUCAAAUAGCAGAAGAUGGUGCAGUGAAUUUAGCUUAAAAUGGACUAAUAGAUAAAGAAAAUCUAGCCAAACUAAGUCUAGAAGGUAAUUUUAUCGGAGGUGCUGGCUUAAUAGCAGUCUCAGAAGUUUUGAUGAAUAAUACUGAACUCUAAGAAUUAUAUCUUUACAACAAUCACUUGGAUGAUGUCGGAAUGGAUAAACUUGGUCAAAUGCUUGCUAAUAAGACAAAUUUAUUUGCUUUGGGGCUUGAAUUUAAUAAAAUAGGUGCAGAGGGUGCAUCCCAUAUCUUAGUCAAUGUGAAAAAGUUGAAAAACUUUGAGAAGCUAUAUCUUAACCAAAAUGAUAUAAAAAAAGAAGUUGGCGAUGCUAUAAUAGAUUGCUUAUCGGUAAUUGAGAAUCUUAAAGAACUCAGAUUAAGCAAUAAUAAAUUAGGAGAUGAAGGUGGAAAAGCCAUUGCAUAAGCUUUAAAGAACAAUAAGUCACUUAGGAUCUGUCAUUUAAGUAAUAAUAAGUUCUCAGCUGAAGCAGCUAAGGGGAUGGCAGAAGUAAUCAGAGUCAACACAGUCCUAAGGGAUCUAGACUUAUCAAGCAACCUAAUAAUUAUGGAGGAACUUUAAGAAUUGGCAAACUCUUUCAAAGAGGCCAGUCUUGAAUGCCUUAAUCUUAGAAACAACUUAAUAUCAGCUGAGGAAAUUCUUGCAUUUGAUUAGGUUUUGCAGUUCGUCACCAAUCUUCCUAAGAGGAAGUUCUUGUUUUGA